AUGCCUUCCAUAGACGUCGCCAUGCGGCGGAGCUUGUCCGCGAGCGCAUUGGAUCUCCUUGCUGCGGCGAUGCGUCCCGUUGUGCCAGAGGUACAACCGAGGGAUCUCAUCACCGACACGAAGGGCAAAAUCACGGACGUCAAGACCGCUUUCUCAAGCUGGGAUAACUGCAUGAAGGCCGACUUCUGCAAGUGGCCGGUUAUUGCGAUUAUUGUCAUCGGCGGACUGUUCAUUUUCUCGAUCGUCUGGUGCUGCGCUCGAUGCCUCUGCUGCGGCGUAUCGUGCUGCUGCGAGUGCUUCUAUUGCCUCAAGUGCUGCGGGAACUGCUGCGGAUGCUGUGAUGCACCCCAAAAGAAGCACAAGUACCUCGAUGAACCCUACAUCCCGCCCCAUCAAGGCUACCGGAUGGAAGCGCCUAUGACUGCGCCCAUGGCUGGAGCUGCGGUGGGGGGUAUGGGAGCUAAGAGUGUCCAUAAUGCUCAUAACGAGGCCCCGCAGUAUGCUGAAUUCGACAUGAGCAAGAAGGGGGGAGAGGAUGCCCUUCCCGAAAUGCCGAGCUGGGAAGGUUCCGGAAACAAGAAGAUCGAAGUUGAGCAGGAAGCGGUAGAGUUGGAGCAGCUGAACAAGCCCGCCGCCAAUGGCCUUCAGCCUGGCCAGAAUGUCCCUUUGAUGACUGGUACCGCCACCACUCCUGGUCCAGUCAGCCCCGUCAGCCCUCUUGCACAGGAUCCUUAUGGCCACCCUGGCAGUCGUCAAGGGUCGAACGCUUAUCUCGCAGGCGGCGCUGGUGCCGACCCGUAUGCCAGACAGGGCCCUGGUUACGGCGCAAGUGAUGGUUACGGUCAAUCAACUUCAAAUCUGAGCAUGGACCAAGGGCACCCCGGCGGCAUGAAUCAAGGUUAUGGGAUGGCGGCAGCUGGCAUGGCAGGAGGAGCUAUGGCGGGAGCCGCUAUGGGCCCUAACCAACGAUCGCCAAGAGAGUAUGGCGGAAACGGACGCUACGGAACUCCGCCUCCCAUGGGCCAGGGCUAUCCAGGGCCUCGCUCAUCCCCGGGUCCGGGACGACAAGGAAGCUACGACGACUAUAGGCGCAACGGCAGCGGACCUCCAGGAGCCAUGCCCGGCUUUGGGUCUGAUUCCAUCCAACGCGAACCGCGCCUCCCUGAUGUUAUGGGUGGCGCAUACGCCGACAAGGGCCCAAGGCGGUCACCAGCACCGCAGGGAGACCAAGGCUACAGGGGCGGUUACAACCGCAGCCCGGCCCCUCCUUACGGACCCCCUCAGCCCCAGAGGCAGUACUCGUCUGACUCGACUCGCCCUCUGGCGCGGGGGCCUCCCCAGCGCCAGUUCUCACCGGCGCCUGUAUCGCCGACAGCUCUGCAGAACAGCGGCGGUUUCGACUUCAACUCGGGCUACAGCCGACCGUCGACGUCCGAUAACAACAACAGCUUUGACCAGCCACGGCAUGCCAGCCCGCAGCAGCAGCAGCAGCAGCAGCACACAGGCGGUGCCGGCGGCGGCGGCUCUGCCUACCCUGGCUUCAAAGCGUACCAGCCCCCUUCAGCGAGUAAUAACUCUCGCCCGCACGAGAACUGGAGUGGCCUGUAA